UGAGCGCAGGACCUGCAGACCGCUGUGGAGGAGCUCAGAGGGAACACAGGACGUUUAGUAACAAUGUGAGAAACUUCACUUUUUUUGUAAACUUGGGUGAUCUGCUACCAAACCCCAGCAGGACUACGGUGGACGAUUCAUUUCGCUGACGCUGCUUUUUAACUUUCUCUUUUGGGCAAAGUGAUCCAUCAGAUACAUUAUGACAAAGGUUUUCUGUGAGCGCACAGUGCGCACGCUGGUUUUGGCACUUCUGCUUUGCGCACAGGCCGGUUUGGGCUUCUCGGUGGCCGGGCAGCAGGAGAGCACCUGCGAGGCCAAUGGCAGCAUAUACUACGUUGGGGAAUGGUACUUUCUGGACUCUGAUCAUUGCACACAGUGCGAGUGCACCGCCGAGGGCUCAGCAUGUGCCCGCACUGAGUGCACCUCACUGCCGGCUGCAUGCAUCCACGUGAGCCACUACCCCACCGACUGCUGCCCCCGGUGCGAGAAGAUCGGCUGUGAGUACCGAGGGGUGGUGUACGAGCUGGGGCAGAACUUCCAGCCAUCAGAAUGUGAACAGUGCACUUGUGACAGUGAUGGCAUCGCCCGCUGUCUAGUAGCAGAUUGUGCUCCUCCACCAUGCGUCAACCCCAUCUACCAACCUGGGAAAUGCUGCCCUGAAUGCAAGGACGGUCCAAACUGCUACGCUGAUGCAUCACGCAGCCAAGUGAUUCCUGCUGGAGAGCCCGUCUGGGUCGACUCCUGCACCAAGUGCCGCUGCCACGACGGCCAGGAUGCCGGUUACUGGGAGGGAAAUCGCUUCGCAACCUGUUCCCGCCUUAAAAACUGUAAACCAGAACAACCGUCCGCCCAGCAAAACUGAUUCUCUUUGUCAGCACAGAACCAGCUGUAAUCUUAAAACACAUUUCCUUUGACGACUGAUGUGCUGCACAUGUUGUUUCAGUCCUUCCUGUAGUGAAAAUGAUGUACAGCCACAUGUAAUGAUCAUCUGCAAAAAUGUAACUUUUUGGGAAAAGCAACCAAAGAAAUCUUUUGAGAACACAACAAGCUGUCCGAAAUGUCAUCUGUCAUUUAACGAGGAUAUUUUCUCCAACAUUUGAUUGCUGCAAACAAGCCUGAAAUUGGAUCAAUAAGAACAGAUAAGACUUCAUCUCACUGGAGAUGAUGAUUUUUAGUCCUUGACAAAACAAAAUUAGGUCAAGAAAACUGGGACUAAACCUAUUUCCAUUUUAAAAAUAUGGUCUGCAGUGUUGUAAACGUACAGUUGUUUGAUUUACUGCUCCAGAUGAAUUUUUGUUUGUUCUGCUUGUCCACAGUUUUUUUUAAGAAGGCCAAUUACAUCAAUAUAUUUUUAGAGAAAGAGUAGUGGGCUUUUAUAGACUUUAGUUACCCGGGAGGUAUUUUAUGCAGCGUAACAAAGCCAAUAAUAUUAUUGGAUUAUAGAAAUUAUAAUUGACUUGUCACCGGUAGAUGCAGUGCCAAAAUGUGUGCACAGCUGUGAUGCAAUUGAGACUAGAGGAUGGAUGAGAGGAGCAAUAAACUAUUUUGUAAAAGUUCUAUAAAUCUGGUUCUUCACUUUCCAGCCUGAUUGAAAUGUAAUGUAUGAGAGGACGGCCUGACCUAUGACUGUGCUGUAGGUGUAAACACAGGCAAUAUUUGAAAGUAAUGUCAUUUAAUGGAAUGCUAGUUGUGCUUGUACACUGUAGAGCAGAAAAGCAAUCUGUAACUUGCUGCUUUAUUUUUUCACAGGAAGGAAUCUGUAGCUUUUAGAGCAACUUUGUUAUUUACACUGUUAAAGUGAAGUUAUCUGCUACUGUUUGUAGAAUCAAAGUGUAUGAUGAUAUGUAGCAUGAAGUAUAUUUUGAUUUUAUACAGCUCAAUAUGUAAAACAUCUUCUCUCAAUAAUUUGCCAUCAUCUACCGCUUAAACCAGGAGAGACCAUGGAAUUCAAACCAAAAACUCUCAAUUUAUACUCCAUGUUUAUGGGAUUUGAGAACCAGGCUGCUGCUACAUGAAGUACAACACUACAAAUGGCAAGUCACAGCUGGAAUUUAUAUGUAAGGUUUGAGAUUAAAUUGUAAUUUCUGCACUUAUGAAGCUGUUUGACAUCCUGGGAUUUGAUUUUUUCUUGCUGAGGGUUAUAUGAGAAGAUCAGGACCAGUCAGACGUCUAUAUGGUAGAUUGGAGCAGCUAUAGUUGAGCACAAAGACUGGAAACAUUUGGAAGGAGCCAGUGUGUCUCAGUCUCUGUUAGUCAACAUCACUUUCUCAUAGAUGGUGUUGGUUGUCUGGUAAUUGGGCCCAUCCACAAAAUAGUCCAGUACAUGCGGUUUUGCCAAAAUAUAACAUAUAAUUAGUGAGUUUAGUGAUAAUUUCUUUGUCUUUGGACAGAGCCAGGCUGUUUUCAGUCUUUAUGCAAAGCUGAUUUAACCAGCUCUGGCUUCAUAUUUAGUUCACAGACGCAAGAGUUUAAUCACACUUAACUUCUGUCAAGAAACUGGGAAAGUGUAGUUACCAAAAUAUCUACAUCUAACUAUUCCUACAAGUGUAGUUUCAAUUAGGUAGCUGAAACAAAAGGGAACUAAUGGAAAUCUCAAGUGAGAUACUGCUGUGGGUCGUACUAGUCAUCUACACCAGCUCUACCAAAAGAUAGUGUCAAAAUAGUCCAAAUUAAAACACCUUUUUAUACCCUU